AUGACUAAGUAUAUACAACUGGGUGGAAACUUACAUGAGCCAAUUGAGCCAUGGAUGCAACAGAAUAAUUACACUAAAGCAACUCUAAAGUUGUAUAUACAAAAAAAGCUGAAUAAAAGAUAUGAUCAAAGAUAUGGAUAUAAAGAUUAUGAAAAUAAUUGA